GCCUUGCUCUAGGAGAAGGUCUUACCUAUCCUAGCUACGUGGAGUCUAACGGGCCUACUGGGGUGGAAUUUGUUGUUUACCUUCUCAGGCGCACCUGACUGACAUAGCGACCCAUUAAGAACGCUAAAUAGUUGCAUCUUAACAGUGUGCAGCAGUCUUAAUCCUUUCGCUGAGCUGUUCAACGUUGUAACAAAUUUAUUAGCGAAAUAAUUGCUUGUUUUAAAUUUAGAGAUUUCCAACGAAAUUGACAGUUUCGUGUGAUAGAUAGCGAGGCUAUUCGAGCAGUGUGUUCAACAGUAUUUCGCGAUAUCGCUGUUAUCAGGCAUCUAUAAAUCCAACGCUAUUGGCUAGUGCUUUGAAAGGCGUAUUGAUCGGAUAUGGCUGUCACGGUAAAUCAGGUCGUCCCGGUGGCGGUCGGCGUUCUGGUGGUAGUCGCCGGCGCAGUCAUUGCCAACUAUCUGCUCAACAGUGGCAAGAAAGGCAAAAGCAAGUCCGGCCAAAAGGAUGACUCCAGCAGCAAGAAGCCAUCCGGCCAGCUGCGAACUCUUGUUGAUCCGCAGGAGAAGUACAUGCUGCCGCUGAUCGAGAAGGAGGAAAUCUCCCACGACACCCGUCGGUUCCGGUUCGGGCUUACCUCCGGUAAGCACGUUCUGGGACUUCCGGUCGGUCAGCAUAUUCACCUGUCGGCUACUAUCAAUGAAGAGCUGGUGAUCCGUGCGUACACGCCGGUUUCGUGCGACGACGAUCACGGCUUUGUGGAUUUGGUCGUUAAGGUGUACAAGAAGGGGGUGCAUCCGAAGUUCCCCGAAGGUGGCAAGAUGUCCCAGUACCUGGAGAGCUUGGCAAUUGGCGACAGGAUUACGUUCCGUGGUCCGUCCGGACGGUUGCAGUACCUGGGCAAUGGCAAGUUCUCGAUCAAGAAGCUACGUAAGGACCCGGCGCAAAUCUACCAAGCCGAUAAGGUCAGCUUGAUUGCUGGUGGUACUGGUAUUACUCCCAUGCUCCAAUUGGUUCGCGAAGUCCUGAAGCACGCUGAUACGGACAAGACCAAGCUCUCCAUGAUCUUUGCCAAUCAGACCGAAGAUGACAUCCUGCUGAAACCAGAACUGGACGACUUGGCCGCUCGCUAUCCGGAUCAGUUCAAACUGUGGUACACCCUGGACCGACCAAAACCCGAGUGGACCCAGGGCCAGGGCUUCAUCAGCGCCGACAUGAUCAAGGAGCACCUGUUUGAACCGUCCGAUAAUACCCUGGUGCUGAUGUGUGGACCCCCACCGAUGGUCAACUACGCUUGCAUUCCGGCACUGGAGAAGCUGGGCUACCAGAUGGAUCGUACCUUUGCGUACUAAGAUAUUCUCUGUCAGCGUUCAGCCGACACUUUGAAAAGACAUCGUUCUCUAGGUUUAGUGCACUACUGGAAAGACUCAAACAAGCAUAAUAAGUAUAUUGCAUUUCCAUCUUGAAGGGAGGGGACUGCUUAUGGUCUCUUCAACCAACCAACAUCAUCACCUAAACAUAGAAAAGCUACUGACUAUCAUCGUUAUUAAUCCUCGUAGUCGUCGUCGUUCACGUCGUCAUUAGGCGCUCAAGUGUCCUCAGCUCGCGUUGUUUGCCGUCGCCUGGCUUUAAAGUGUCGAAACUAACUGUUUACAGAGAUAUAGAGCCAAUCCCAAGUCCAUCAGGUUUCUUAUAACUAUCUGAGAGGUUUUAGGUUACUUCAGGGUUACGGAAGAAGCUACCCAGAGCAACACAAAUGGAAAUGGAAUGCUUCAGCACACUUUUCCGUAGCGAUUAAUGUUAACCGGAAGGAGAUUACAAGUUACUACAAGUACUAUCAAAACUAGGGGGCCCAGUUAUAGCUAUAGGACCAUUUUAACGUACGGAGGAGGUUACAAUCAGAGAAGCGCUUGCUAGUGUUGCUAUUCUAUAGGCAGUGCAGUUAUAGCCGUCUUGAAAAACAUCGAUAUUUAUGAUAGAAGCCAAGUUACGAGAUGUUGAUGGAUAACAUUUCAUUCUAAUACAGUUGUAGUGUAUUGAA